CGCGGGCGCGGGCGCGGGCGCCGAGCGACGGCGCGCUGGACGACGCGUUCGAACGACUCAUCGUCGACGUCGACGCGUUACCGCGCGUCGACGUCGACGACGGGGCGCUGGAGACGAUGACGUGGGAAGAAAUCAUCGAGCGCGCGCACGGGACGGCGAUCGAGCGCGGUGACGACGCGCUGAGGACGCGGGCGAGGGACGCGCGGAUUCGGGAAGACAUGUGGGGGUGGGCGCACGAACCCGAGCGCGUCGUCGUGUGCGGCGUCGGCGCGAAGGAUGGACGGAUGACGAUGAGAGGUGAAUUCGAGUUGGAGGAUUCGUUGGAUGAGCUCGAGCGGUUGGCGGCGACGGCGGGGUGCGCGGUGGUGGGUCGGAUGACCCAGCGGCUGGCGCGCGGGGCGGUGCCGGCGACGUACCUGGGACGAGGGAAAAUCGGCGAACUGCGUGAGCUCUGUGGGUUACCGCGCGCGUUGGAGGAUGAGGCGGAGGAGGACGAUGAGGAGGAGUGGGAUGAUGAGGACGAGGACAUGGAUUGGGGGGACGAGGAUGAUUAUGAGGAUCCAGAGCCGGAGCGAAGGCAGGAUCGACGCAACGGGUACAACAUCGACGCCGCGAGCGUGGACAUGGUGAUAUUCGACGACGAGCUGUCGCCCAAGCAAGCGAGGAAUUUAGAGCGCAGGCUCGGGGACAAGGUACGCGUGUGCGAUCGGACGGCGCUCAUUCUAGAUAUUUUUUCACAGCGGGCGCAAACCGCCGAGGGUCAGCUGCAGGUGGAACUGGCGCAGCUCGAGUAUCAGAUGCCUCGUCUGUCGAAAAUGUGGAGUCACUUGGAGAGACAGGUCGGUGGCGGUAAGGGUAAUGUAAAGGGUAUGGGGGAGAAGCAGCUCGAGGUCGACAAGCGUCUACUGCGCGAACGCAAAUCACUCUUGACGGCGAAAAUUGAGAGCGUGCGAACGCAUCGCGAACAGUACAGGCAGAAACGAAAAGCGGAAAGGAUCCCGAUCGUUUCGUUGGCCGGGUACACGAAUGCCGGGAAGAGCACUCUUUUGAACAAGCUGACGAAAUCGGAUGUGUUGGCCGAAGAUAAGCUCUUCGCGACGCUCGAUCCGACGACGCGCCGACUCGGCCUCCCGAACGGUAUGAGCGUGCUCAUGACGGAUACGGUCGGUUUCAUUCAAAAACUACCCACACAACUCGUCGCCGCGUUUCGUGCGACGUUAGAAGAAGUCCUUGAAUCGUCGCUCAUCUUGCACGUCGUUGACAUCUCGAGUGAGCUCGCAGAGGUACAGAUGAGUGCGGUGAACAACGUGCUCGAUGAGCUCGAUGCCAGUCACAUCCCCCAACUCUUGGUGUGGAAUAAGAUCGAUCUCGUCACCGACGAGGAAAAAAUGCUCGAGAUCGAGAUCGCGGCCGAAGCGGCUGGGGCGGUUUUGAUCAGCACGCACACAGGCGAGGGCCUGGACGCUCUCCAAGAAAAAGUUUCGGCGAUCAUCAUGCGAAGCGCGCUCACCAGGUGCGAGCUCUUAGUCCCUUACGAACGCGGCGCCCUCAUCGGCGAGAUGCGUCGAUCGGGAUUUAUCGAAACGGAGGAAUUCCUCGAGAACGGCACUCGAGUGGUCGCGUACCUUCCCGUGGGUAUGGCGAGACGACGCGACGUCGUCGGAUACCUCGCUCGAGCGUCCCGCGCCGACGACUCCUAA